AUGUCCUCGCCCCCGACAACACCGCCGCCUCAUAGCACGCUAGAGGUAGACGUCACCGCUCAGGAUGCAAAUGCGAAUCAAGAGCAUUCCCAGCCAAACGACAAUGGCUUACUUCCCAAAGCAUGGGUACUAAUCGCUGAGGAGGGUGGGGAUGCGCCGCAAGUUGCGGUCGACGGAACCUUGCCUAUCCCAACAUGUCCCAGCGAUAGUGCCCCGCAGGUCAUCGAUACCAACAAUUUUCCAGAACUCAUUAUCGUGGAAAAUCAAAGAAGCCCGCCGCCGCGUCGGGUGUGCGGAUUGAGUAAGUGCAGUCUCUGGACCAUUAUUGCUGUCGCAGUGGCGGCAAUCAUUGCCGUUGCUGUUGGUACUGGAGUUGGCAUUUCGCAAUCCAAUUCCAGCAACUCUGCCAGUGGCAUAAGUCUUCUCCGAUCCUCGAAACUCGCAGCGGUAAGCUUUACUUCGGAUGGUGUGGAUUACAACUGCGUUUACUAUCAGCUGAGUUCGGGAGAGAUUUACGUGUCUGUAUGGAACUCAUCCUUGCCGGUUUGGGCUGCCUUCCCCGUUGUGACGGAUGGAACUAGCGUCUUGAGAAACACACCAAUCGCUGCUGACGCUCAAUGGAAGAAUGCCAACGUGUUUAGGCAUCACAUUUUUUACUUUGACGAAAACAAUGUGAUCCGCGGAAAGGCAGCCAACACUCCUUACGUAGGAACUUGGGAUGAAAACAACGGGUUCAACGGCAAGAACUAUGGCGGAGACGGUCUUUCGCUCGGCACUUAUUCGAAAGAAUGUGAGACAUGCUUCGCCGCUAAUGCCGUCGUCUUCUAUGAUGGAACCUUGCAGUACACGACUCCACAAACGAAAAAUGGUGAUCGACUGGCUUGGAACCAAAAUCCUUUUCCAGAGAAACUACCAAAACCUGCGAACGGCACGCAACUCGAAAUAAAGCCUCUGUAUACAGGAGCCAGCGGAAAUGGAGAGUUUCUUGUCAUGUUCAUGACGAUCAAGGGAAAGAAGUUAGCGAAGCUUCUCUACAAUGCGACAAAUGACAACUGGGAAAGUGAGACCCUGAACACGACUAUAGACGGGCGUUCGUCAAUUGCGGCUUUUACAGCCGGUAACUUUGUCAAUGGCAGCGAUUCAGAUUCCAAUUAUACCAUGCAGGUCUUGAACACCCAUGCCGCAGAAUCGGGUGGAGGAGUGUCGCUUUCCUCGUACUCCUCUAGCACUUCUAGCUGGAACUUUACACUGUUGAAGUCUGGCUUUGAAAAGGUUCUGAAUGGGUCCGGGCUGGCUGCAAAUCAGGCUGGAAGGGUGUACGGCACUGUGAUGUCUGACGCAGGAAGCUUGCAGUUGAUGGAAUGGGCGUGGGACAUGAGAAAUGGCACUUAUACCAUGACAGGCCCUGUCAAUACAAACACCGAAACAUGA